CUUUAAUUUCAUCUUCCCAUUGAAAAAGAAAAGGAGCUCUCGGUAAGACAUGUCGUGGAUCAGAGAAGGCGAGCUGACCAUCAUAGAGAGAUUUUGUGCCAACAUCAUUAAGGCAGGUCCAAUGCCCAAGCAUGUUGCCUUCAUCAUGGAUGGCAAUCGCCGUUAUGCCCAAAAGUGCCACGUGGAGAGACAGCAGGGGCAUUCGCAAGGCUUUGAUAAGCUGGCACAGACGCUACGGUGGUGCUUAAAUCUGGGCAUUCGGGAGGUGACUGUUUAUGCCUUUAGUAUUGAGAACUUUAAACGCUCCAAGGAGGAGGUGGAUGGACUAAUGGAUCUGGCAAGACAGAAAUUCAGCCGUCUGCUGGAAGAACAGGAGAGCUUGAAGAAGCAUGGGGUGUGUAUCCGUGUCCUCGGGGACCUGCCACUUCUGCCCUUGGAUAUUCAGGAGCUGAUUGCCCAAGCUGUGCUGGCAACUAGGAACUACAACAAAUGCUUUCUAAAUGUCUGCUUUGCGUACACAUCGAGGCAUGAAAUCAGCAAUGCUGUCAGGGAGAUGGCAUGGGGGGUGGAACAAGGACUUCUCGAACCCAGUGAUGUGUCUGAAUCGUUGCUUGAUAAGUGUCUGUACACGAACAACUCCCCUGACCCAGACCUCCUGAUUCGAACCUCUGGAGAGGUUCGGUUGAGUGAUUUCUUGCUCUGGCAGACAUCCCAUUCAUGCCUGGUGUUUCAGUCAGUCUUGUGGCCAGAAUAUUCCUUUUGGAACUUGUGUGAGGCUAUCCUUCGGUUCCAGAUGAACUACAGUGCUUUACAGAAGGCCAGAGACUCCUACAUGGAGGAAAGGAGGCGACAACAGAUGGAAAGGGAUCAGGCUUAUGUGACAAAGAAGCUGCAGCAGGAGGGGUUUGCGUCCCAUGGAGACUCUCGGCGCCGACGGACACUGUUGCAGAAAUGCACCGCCAUGCGGGAGGAGAGAAUCCAGGGCUUUCUACAGGCACUAGAGCACAAGAGAGUGGACUUCUUUGAAAGAUUGUGUACGGUGUCUGCAUGACAUAGGUGCUGGGGUGUUCUUGGGAAGACAAUUUUGAACCGUGUUAGAGGGAACAGCUGCUGCCCAGAGGAAUUCACUCGGAGUGGUUCUGCAGUGGGGAUGCAGGGCUGCUGUAGGACUUUACGUCCCCGCUGGCCCUGUCUGAGGGCAGGAACAGAGUACUGUGAACCUUUCUAGUUCUGUGAACGCUGCUGAGGAAGGUAAUGCCGUCCUGUCUCGCCUCCCUGCCCUUGAUGAUGGAGAAUACAUGCACCCCACCAUGUCUCUGCUGCUUGGUACUUUACGGGCCUGACUGUUUCGGUGACAAGUUGUUAACUAAAAUGAAGCCUCCGGUUCAUGUUUGACUCCUCGUGAAUUGGUCCAGGCAAACCAAUUCAGUCCUGUUAAGUCAGCCUGGACUCGAAUUCUUUCCGUGGCUUUGCAGUAGUGAAUCUUCUGUUGAGAUUUCCUCUGCUGUCCCGUAAGGGGAGCCUCGCUUUCUGUAGGGAGAGGAUUAUUCCUGGUGUAGAAGGGAGCCCUGUGCCAAGCGGUGGCAGAGGUAUUCCCCACUGCCUACUUCACGAUAGCAUCUUGUCUUUUCCCCGCCUUACUGUGCUGGUUUUGAUAUAUCUGCUUCCAAAGAGCUAAAGCGAGGUGGUGUCAGCCUUGCCGUAAAGACAAAAAGAUACUUCCUCGGGCCCUGUGAUCCCUUCUGAGCAGUGUAUGUGGGGAAAACCCAAAUGCUGAAGAUGCUGAUGUUGGAACAGACCGACUGUGCUUGGGAAAGAGGUUCCGAGCAGGCAAGGAAAAAGGAUUGGUUGGGAAUUAACUUCAUGGCUUAAAAAGGAAAAGAAGUUAGCUGAAACCAGGUGAUGGAUAGAGUACGCCAAAUCCCUCCGAGACCUCUCUAGAGCUAUGACUUAACAUCCUGUUUCCAGGGAACGAGGGUGGGCUUAGUUCAGGAAUACAGUAGCCAAAACCAACCUCUGACCCCAGCCAAAAUGGUUUAGAAGGGCAAUUUAGCUGACUUUAACGGGAGUGGCCGGAGCAGCUGUGGAGUGUUGUUUGUUCUCACUUUUCCAUCAGCAGGGAGAUGGACUAGCUAAUUUCCAAGAUUGUUUCCGUCCCCAUGGUCAAAAUAACAGAAGAUGUCUUGAUUUUUGUUUCUGAUGCACAUACAGGUGCAGCAGUACCAGCUAUUGCUGUUUUUAAAGUGUUCCUUUUUACCUCCAGGUGAAAGCUAGAAAAUGCAGAUUUAAAAGGCUUGUAAGUACUGCAGACUCAGCACUUUGAAUGUGAUUGUGAAGAGGAUAACUACAUUGUCAAAUCGUGAAUAAAGCGUAUUCAUACCAAACU